AUGAAUAAUUAACAAACAAUUUCAAAUAAGUUAAUGUCAGAAGAAGUACCAGAAGAGGAAUCAUAUGAAUAAGAGGAAGAUGAAGAUUUAGAAUAAUAUACCUAACAAUUAAACUUAAAAUAAUUAGUUAAGAACUCAGGUAUUUCAAAAAAACUCAAUAAAUUUUAGAUUCUUUAAUGUAAUAGAUCAAUAUAUUGAAUGAGUAAGCAACUAUAAAAAUUAAAUAGUAAAAGUACAAAGAUGCUUUGAAAUUAUUGUAAUAAUGUGAAUAAAUGUUGGAAGUAAGAUAAAUAUCAAUAAACAUAGUUUGCUGCAAGUUGUGGAAAAGUAAUAGACAGGAACCUUAUAAUAAUAGUAUUAUACAAUUAAGCUUGUACUUAUUAAUGGUAUAUAAUGUUAUUAUUAUAGUCAAUGGGUAUUAGAUAAAUGUUCUAAAUAUUUAGAUGGUGUUAUCUAUAAUAUGGAAUUAGCAAUUAAAGAAGAUGACCAAGAUUUAGAGAAUUUUGCAAGUGCUCAAGAAAAACAAUCAUAGCUAGUGAAGAGAUAAACAUUUUUAGCUAAGGCAUAUCUAUAGUAUACAGCUAUAUUAAGUUAAAUGGGAAAGUAAUUGAAAAAGACUAAAUGAUAGGCAUAAUAAAGCACUUGUUAAUUCUUAAAAGGCUGCUUAGAUAAUGAGAGAAUUAUUUAAGAUAUCGAAUCAGUUCUGUUAAUAAUGGUUAUAGAGUAAUGGAUCAACAGGGACAGCCACUACUUCAUAAUCAAAUAUAUCAGUGAGAAGCAAUUAAUUAGAAUGCCAAUAAUUAAAUUAGGAUACAUAAAAAAAAGGAUAAAAAUAUUAGAUGAAGGAUGAAAUUGAAUUUAGUAGAUUAGUGAUUGAUGGAGCAUAUGAAAUACUAAAGGAUAUGAUUAAAUAAGUGGAUUUAGAAAAAAUACCAGUGAAUGAAAAAUAAUUACUUAAAGAAGCUAAAAAGUAAUUAUAUUAUUGGAGGAACAAUCCAGAGAAUAAUGAAAAACAUUUAAGAAAAGAGUUAAAAUUAGUAUCUUAAAAUGAGGAAUAUCGAUCAUUGUUAGGAAUUUAGAAUUUGGCAGAAUGGAUUUCUAAUUUUAAUAUAGGAUCAAUUAUGCAUAUGGCACCAUAAAUUUAUGAUGAUUUCACUUAAUUCGGUGAAAUGAUAUAUGAAUUAGCCAAAAGAUAAAUCUUGGAAAAAGUAAUUUAUUUUUCUAUUUCUUACUUUACUAUAGCUACUGAACUAAGAUUUAUAGAAUUAGAAAAAGCCAAAUAAAAAGGACUAAAAGAUGAUCAAAUAGAUACUGAAGAAUUCAAGUUAAGUGAAUUGUAUCACUUAAAGUCAAUAGAAAUAGCUUGUCGUCAUAUAACAACCUAAUCACCUUACAUCAGUCAUUUGAUAACUAGUUAUCAUAAACAUUACAAUAUAAAUUUGGAUGUUAUAAAAGAAGAGUCCAUCCUAUCCAACAGUUCAGAAUAAUAAGCUAUUAAAAUUUCAGAAAUCAAUUAAAAUUAGAAACAAACAAAAAAGUUAUAAAUCUAAAUUAACAACAAUAAUAAUAAUAAUAAUAAAAACAAUAAUAAUAAUAAUAAUAUUAAUAAUAAUAAUAACAUUAUAAAAUAGGAUCAAUCACCUAAAUUGACAAACAAUUUCAUAACUACUUUUUUGAAUUCCAGGUCUCCUCCUAAAACAUAAAAAUAAUCAUCAAUAAAAAACCAAAUAAAAUAAUAAAGUGAUUUAAUUGAAUAGAUGAUUAAUUAAAAACGUGGAGUUAAUUGUUCUCCAUCUAAUUAGAAAAAUAAUUUAAAUUAAUAAAAUUAAGGUCAAUUUGAUUACAGUGUGUAUCUAUAGAAGUAAUCUUGUAACACAAGUAAUAGUAAUAUAAACUCUACAUCAGACUUUAUUAAUAGUACUAUGACUAUUUAAUUGCAACCUCAUAAAAACAAUCAGAAUUUUAAAUCAAAUAUAAACUAAUAACAAAGCUGUACAAAUAAUACCAACAAUUUAAAAUCUUUACUAUCUGAUGUUUGUAGAACAGAAAGAUAAACUACAAAUGAUAAAUAAACUUCCCAUACUCCAAUUAGUUAUAGAGUAAAUAAUAGAUCUCCUGAUAAUUCUUAUAUAAAUUCUUAGAAACAAAAUCAAUAACAACUUCAUUUAAAUAAAACACCUUAAAAUCGACCUAGAACUAAUACAGAAUAAUAGCAAGCAAGUACUCAUAUUAUAUAAUUAUAGGUUUUCCAAUAAAGUUUGAGACUAUUCAAUCGUUACUAAGAAAUAAAGGAAACAAUUAAAAAUAAAAGUGA